AUGGACAAGUUAUUACACCCCCAUACCAGUUAUGCUGCAGCCUACUUGUAUGAUUUGGUGAUUCAUACCCCAGACUGGGAGACCCACUUGGAAAAAGUGGGGGCGGUCCUUGAUACCUUCCGGCGAGCUGACCUUAUGGCGAACCCUGUUAAGUGCGCUGUAGGGUUCACGGAGGCCAAAUAUCUUGGCUACAUGGUAGGAAAAGGUCUGGUAAAACCCCAACUGAAUAAGUUAGAAGCCAUCCAAAAUUGGUCUCAGCCGAGUCGUAAGAAGCAGGUCCGAGCAUUUCUAGGGGUGGUGGGGUAUUACCGGCGUUUCAUCCCCCAUUUUGCUACAAGGGCAAGUCCCCUAACGGACUUAGUGAAGGCCUGUGGUCCUGAUCCAGUCAGAUGGUCCGAUGCAGCAGAAAGGGCAUUCGCGGACUUAUGGAAUGCCCUCUGCAGUAACCCCGUACUGAUAGCCCCAGAUUUCAACAAGGACUUUAUCCUAUAG